GGACGUCAGCCUGCGAAGUUCGAGAGAGUGCAUGGCCGAAAGAGAUUUUGGCGACCGAGCGCUCACCUGGUUUACCGAUCUAUAGAAGAAGCAAUCAGUGAAAUAAUACGGUAGGCAAGUUAGAAGCUGCAUAAACUCGACCGGCCAUGUCUGUGUGCUGAUUCGGAUUUCUAACGCCGCCUGAAUGACUUGCAGGGAGGCGUAGAACUCAACCUCGACUACUUUUGCUCGAGAAGAGGAAUUGCGUGCACUCUUGUCACGCUGUUCUCAGCGAUGUUGUUCAUACUGCUGCAUACCACGAGCAACACUUCCGGCGUCUACAUGUGGCUGUGCUACCUGAGCUUCACCUACUCACUAGUGGGCGUCUACCUGGCGGUGCACAGCCUCUUCAGCUCAGUCGACAGCACAACCACGGUCUUUUCGGUGCUGUACUACGGCUCGGGCUCCAUCUUCUUUCUCGCUGGUGGCGUCGGUGUCCUCUCCAAAGGCUACGAUGGCUUCCUGAGCCUUCUCAUCGGCAGCUUUUCCUUGGUUCUGGGGGCACUUAUGUCCGUCUUCACAAUGUGUGGAUCCAAAAUGUAGAUUUCGGCGGUCGCCAUAUAAGCCACGCCUUAUUCUGCAAACACAUUCAUUGACAUUUACUAUCAUACGCGCUGUACAUUAUGUGGAAAAAUUGACAAAAAUAAACUCCCACUUACGACUCAUACUGAACAGAUUCGAAUUAUUUAAAUUACGAGUGCACCGGUGUGUCUGUGUGUGUUUUCUUCUUACCUCAGUUCAAAAUAUCCGACCCGAUUACGAAUGAGAUUGUGCGUCACGUGCUCUGUCAAAAAAAAAAAGAAAAGAAAAGAAAGAAAGAAAGAAAGAAAGAAAGAAAAACGUGGUUGCGCCACGAGAGUUAAACCGGAUUCCCCUAUUUCACCACCCGUUGAAUACUCCUUUCCGUCAAGGACGUACGUUCGUGCGUCGUGCGUCUAAGUGAUCUCUCCUUUCAUGCAACGAGUCUCGACUGCGCAGCUCCCCUACGGGGCAGGCCACGCGCAGUGUUCGCGUGCGUGCGGUGGCUUGAGACGAGCGUAAAGCUCCU